CAUUCUCGUUUCUUUGUUUCGAUUUUCCACCAAAGUGACAUCGCCCUCGUAGCGACUUGGUAUUCAAUUUUCGAAUUACUUUCGUAUUCCAUUUACGAUCAUAUAUUCAUUACUAACCCGGCUAAUUUUGUUUCAUUCAAAUUAUAUAUCUGCCUUAUCUAUUUUGCCCAUUUAUAA